GUCCAACAAGGAAAAAAGGUUUGUAUUGGCCCCUAAUGAAUAUUAAUAUUAUAUCAUUUCACCCCUCCCCAGAUGCUACUGUGUAUGUUGGAGGCUUGGAUGAGAAGGUGUCGGAAGCUUUACUAUGGGAGCUGUUUCUACAAGCUGGACCUGUUGUGAACACACACAUGCCGAAGGACAGAGUGACACAGGCACACCAAGGCUAUGGCUUUGUGGAGUUCAUGUCAGAAGAGGAUGCAGACUACGCCAUCAAGAUUAUGAACAUGAUCAAACUGUACGGCAAACCCAUCAGAGUAAAUAAGGCUUCGGCUCACAACAAAAACCUGGACGUUGGUGCAAACAUCUUCAUCGGUAACCUGGACCCUGAGAUUGAUGAGAAACUCCUGUAUGAUACCUUCAGCGCCUUUGGAGUCAUUCUGCAGACACCAAAGAUCAUGAGAGACCCAGAAACAGGGAACUCCAAGGGCUAUGCCUUCAUCAACUUUGCCAGUUUUGAUGCCUCGGAUGCAGCUAUAGAGGCCAUGAACGGACAGUACUUAUGUAACAGACCCAUCACCAUCUCUUACGCCUUCAAGAAAGACUCGAAAGGAGAAAGACACGGCUCUGCUGCGGAGAGGUUACUGGCUGCCCAGAACCCCCUGUCCCAGGCAGACCGGCCUCACCAGCUGUUUGCUGACGCACCGCCCACCCCCCAGUCCAACCCCCCCAUGUCUUCAGCACCUCCUCAAGGGGGGCCCCCUCCAGGGAUGCCUCCUCCUGGCAUGCCACCUCCCCCACCCCCCUCAGGAGUCCCCCCACCCCCCAUGCCCCCACCAGGGAUGGGGAUGCCUCACCCUCGAGGAGGACCCCCUGGUCCGGUCCCCCCUCCGCCCAUGCCCCCUAUGGGUAUGCCCCCCAUGCCUGUCCCCCCACCCCCCUCCGGAGCAGGCAUGCCGUCCGCCAGCAAUGCUUCUACCACCUCAUCAUCAACAUCACAACCACAGGCCACCACGACGUCAGCGGCCAACAUGCCCCCUCCCCCUGGUGGGCCCCACAUGGGACCCCCUCCUGGUAUGCAGGGCCCCCCAGGCAUGAUGCCUCCCCCACCCUGGGGUGGCCCAGGCAUGCAUGGCCCCGGUAUGCCACCCCCUCCUGGCCACCCUGGCAUGGGCCCGCCCCGAGGACACCCCCGUGGACCACCCCCCGGCAUGAUGCCCCCUCCUGGCUUCAUGGGGGGGCCACCAGGACAUCACAGACCCCCUCCUUUUGGUCCAGGGCCAGGUUUUCCACGUGGGCCUCCCCCAAGAGGCAUGAGGCUGCCACCCCCGCCCAGAGGAAUGAGACCACCCAUGCCACCAAGACCAAGAUAGAAGAAUGCUGGAAGAUACCACGUUUUAGGGGGUUAAAUGGGACGGGGUUAUAUUCUUUUUUCCCAGUGACCAAUGUAGAAAAUAGUCAUGUGGACAAUAUCAUACAUGUCAUGCUUAUCAUUUUACAUACUUUGAUUUAAUGUCCGGCUUUUUCCCGUUUUACAGAUAAUUCUGUCAUUCCAUCUAUAUUUAUAACUGACAGUGGUAUAGUUUGUUAGGCUAUUAUACAUCUUAUUCUAGCUCCAUUAAGUUUGAUCCUUAUAAUGCUUAGAAAUAUUCGGAAACAUACAUUGUACUUUCCACAAUACGUUAGAUUUUGGAUUAAUUAAAUUCCCAAGGAAAUCACCUUUCACUGUGUAGUUUUGUUUUAUGACUGUGUGACGAUACAACUGCUUGAAUAGAAAUAGAUUCAUG